AUGAUGAAAACAAGUGUAGAUAGCUAUAAGAUCAUUGAAGAAUUUUGCUGUAGAAUGACAGGCACGAUGAAAGAAUGGUAUCACAAUCUUGGAGCUUUCAAACGAGAUGAGUUACACUGUCUAGAAACUACAACUAGUUUUCUUGGGGUUCUUCAUCGAGAAUUUAUCAGUGAUAUGGAGAUAUUUGAUAGGAAAAGCAGACAAGAAUUCUUUGAGAUAAAAUGUUGUUCUCUCAAAACAAAGGACCUCAACAAACAUUAUCAUAGGAUGGCACAGAGGUAUUAUAUCCUUAAUGGAUAUAAUGACCCUAGUCUCAAGAAUACCUAUGCAUCCUCUCUACCACAAGAACUCCAGCCAGAAAUUCAUAGGAUGUUAGCCACGGCUCAAAAGGAUAUUAAAACCAUGAGUCUUGGCUAG